GUCUGUACGGAGGGAGCGACGGACGCACCGCUACCGGCCCGGUGCCCGCAGCCCGGCCCCGGUGAGUCGCGCCGUUCCGGUGCUCCGCGGCGGGGCCGGUGCCGCUCGGUGCGCUCCGUCCCGGGUUUGGCUCACGGGGCGGUACGGCCGUUCCGUGCCCGGUUCCCGGUGCGGUUCCCGGUACGGUUCUCGAUUACGGUUCUCGAUGGCUCCGUUCGCUCCGCGUACCGGGAGCGGCGGGGACGGGAACUGCCGGCGGACGCGGACACGUCGGCGGGCGCGGUGCCAGGAGGGGGGGGGGUGGGGGGCUGCGCGCACCGCUCGGGACUCGGCGAGCGAUCCCGGGGCUGCGGCGGCGGCGGCGGAUAACCGGGCACCGGGACGCGUCCCCUCCUCUCGCCCUGACCGUGCCGGCGCUGCCGGUUCGCCGCUCCGGUGCUCCCGGCCCACGCGUGGCACCGUCCCGAGGAUCGGUGGCGGCUGAGCCCCUCGGGAAGCACAGACAGAGGGGGUGCCGAGCCCUGAGCGCCCCCAACCCCCCUCCGCUGCGCUCUGUCCCCAUUGGUGUCCCCGCAUCCCCGUGUCCUUCUGCGUGGGGCCUGCCGAGGACCUGCCCUGCCCCGCUGAGCUCACGGUUGGGAAUGACACCCGAUGGCACAACCGGGGCCGCGCUGAUGGUUCACCCAAUUCCAGGCAGUCUGCGUGGGGGUGCCCACGGUGCCCGCCCCCCCCACACCCCCCCCUUCGGGCACCCUGAGCUCUGUGGACUCUGCCCUGCACCCAGCUCUGUGCUGUGCUCCCCCCGGGCCGCUGCCCCCGCUGCUGUUUGUCCGGGGCGGGGUGCGGUGUUUACCCUCACACCAAACAACGGCUGCUGUCUUGGGCUGUGGCUGCCCUUGACCGGGGGGCUGCUCCCUUUUGGGGUGAGGGGAUGUGGGGCUGCGCUCUUUGGGUACCCGGGGCCCCUCCUGGCCUCGAGCUCUGGGUGCCGCCUUUGGGUUCGGUGCCUUCGGGUUGAGUCUCGCCGUGCCUCAGUUUCCCAUAGCAGAGCCAGGCUGGUGGCUCUCUGGGCACAGCUCCCACAUGGUGGGUGGGGGUCUUACGGGUUGGGGUCCCCCCCGGUGCCCGCUGAGGGCACGCGGUGGUGGUAGCUCUGAGUACGGAAAGAGGGGAACUUCAGCUUGGAGCCCAGAGAAGGGGAAGCUGUGGGGCUGCAGAGGGAUGUGGGGCAGUGGGACUGCGCUGUGGGGGCUCUGUGCAGCGAGAAGGGGCAGCUCCUGGGCUGGGGGGCGUGGGGGGGGGGACGGAGCGGGUUAACCUGGCUGCUGCCACGCUGAGGCCUGGGGGAGGUGACCAGCGGGUUGGGGGCGUGGAGAAAAGCAUCCGGGGGGGGGCUCUGAGGGCUUUGCAGGGCACCCCCCCCUCUCGUUCUGCAGGCAGCAGUGCUGAGCCCGAAGCUGAGGACGCGGCUCUGCCAGCUGCUGCCAUGCACCCUCGGUGCACACGUGGCACACGAAGGCCCCGAGCGCACACACGCGGGGGGUUGGGGGGGGGAAGUGGGGGAGGGUGGUGGGCGCAGCCCCGCAGCCCGGCCCUGGAGGGUGGGUGGGUGUCCUCAGACGGAGCAGGAACUUCUCCUUCGGGGCGGCGGUGGAUGAUGAAACCACGCAGAAAUCUCUCUCCUGGCAGCGCUGGCUGCUGGCGGGAGCCCCCGGGAGCGCUCGCACUCCCCCAGUGCCGGGGCCUUUCCAUAGAAACCCCCCCCCUCCCCAGUGGAGCGCUGGUGGAGGAGGGGGGGUGUGGGGGGUGGGAGCGGGGCUGCCGUCCCCGCAGCUCCCGUGUCCCUGGGGCAGAGCCGCAUCCCCGCGUUGAGCUGCGUGUCCACACCCCGCUGAGCCCCGGGGCGACCGGGGACGGAGCGAGGGGCCGGGCUGAGACCCGUCCAACUCGCUUCGUGCCAGGGAGGUGAGGACGAUGGCGAGCCCCGAGGACGACCUGAUCGGCAUCCCCUUCCCCGAGCACAGCAGCGAGCUGCUGAGCAGCCUGAACGAGCAGCGGCACCUCGGGGUGCUGUGCGACGUCACCAUCAAGACGCAGGGCUUGGAGUACCGCACGCACCGCGCCGUGCUGGCCGCCUGCAGCCGCUACUUCAAGAAGCUGUUCGCGGGGCCGGGGCCGGGCCAGGAGGUCUGCGAGUUGGACUUUGUGGGGCCGGAGGCGUUGGGAGCUCUGCUGGAGUUCGCCUACACCGCCACGCUGACCAUCAGCAGCUCCAACAUGGGCGAGGUGCUGCAGGCAGCCCAGCUGCUGGAGAUCCCGUGCGUCAUCGCCGCCUGCGCCGACAUCCUGCAGUGCCACGGCUUGGAAGCUCCCGGCCCCGAUGACGACGACUGCGAGCGCGCCCGUCGGUACCUGGAGGCGUUCGCCACCCUCCCCGACGGGGACGCCCCCGCCGCUCCCCCCGCCCGCCCCGCCGCUCGCCGCAGCAAGAAGACCCGCAAGUUCCUGCAGGCGCGCGGCGCUCGCCUCAACAACCACAGCGAGGAGCCGCCCGCCGAGGCCGAAGGCUCCCACAGCCCCCUGCCCGCCCCGCAGCCCCCUUCUCCACCCCCGGCGCCCGAGGGCUUGGCGCAGCCCUACGAGCCCUUCGAGGUGCCCGAGGAGGAGGAGCUGCCGCCGCACGCCUUCCCCUUCCCGUACCAGAUGUCACCCGAGGAGGGCGGCUCGGACGACGACGCCAUCGACCCCGACCUGAUGGCGUAUCUGAGCUCGCUGCACCACGAGGCGCUGGCGCCCGGGCUGGAUAGCCCCGAUAAAUUGGUGCGCAAACGGCGUUCCCAAAUGCCCCAGGAGUGCCCCGUGUGCCACAAAGUCAUCCACGGCGCCGGCAAGCUGCCGCGCCACAUGCGCACGCACACGGGGGAGAAGCCCUUCGCCUGCCAGGUGUGCGGCGUGCGCUUCACGCGGAACGACAAGCUGAAGAUCCACAUGCGCAAGCACACGGGCGAGCGGCCCUACUCGUGCCAGCACUGCAGCGCCCGCUUCCUGCACAGCUACGACCUGAAGAACCACAUGCACCUGCACACGGGCGCGCGGCCCUACGAGUGCUACCUCUGCCACAAAGCCUUCGCCAAGGACGACCACCUGCAGCGGCACCUCAAGGGUCAGAACUGCCUGGAGGUCCGCACCCGACGCCGACGCCGCGAAGACCCCCCCCCUCCGCCGACCCCCGACGCGCCGCCCGGCAUCGACCUCUCCAACGGGCGCCUGGAGGGGCUGCGCCUCUCCCUCGCUCGUUAUUGGGGGCCGGCGCAGAUAAAGGAGGAGGAGGAGGAGCCGGAGAUGGAGAUGGAGCCCGAGGCUGAAGAGGGGCCGCAGCCGGACGGCAUGGUGCCCGUGGAGAUGGUGUAGAGCGGCGGCCCCGGUGGGGAACGAUGGGGGGCGGUGGGCUGAGCCGGGCUGAGCCGGGCCGGGCUGGGCUGGGCCGGGCCAGGGGAUGCCAGGCUGAGCUGAGCCGGGCUGGGCUGAGCUGGGCUGGGCUGCACCGGGCCGGGCUGAGCUGUGCUGAGCUGAGCUGGGUUGUAGCAGGCUGGGCUGAGCUGGGCUGAGCCGUGCCGGGCUGAGCCGUGCCAGGCUGAGCUGUGCUGGGCUGAGCCAUGCCAGGCCAAGCCAUGCCAGGCCAAGCCGUGGCAGGCUGAGCUGUGCCAGGCCAACCUAUACCAGGCUGAGCUGUGCUGGGCUGAGCUGUGCCAGGCCAAGCCUUGCCAGGCCAAGCCGUGGCAGGCUGAGCUGUGCCAGGCCAACCUAUGCCAGGCUGAGCUGUGCUGGGCUGAGAGCUGUGCCAGACCGAGCCAUGCCAGGCCAACCUAUGCUAGACCAACCCAUGCCGGGCCAAGCUGUGCUGGGCUGAGCCGUGCCAGGCCAACCCAUGCCAGGCUGCACCGUGCAGGUCCGUGCCGAGCCGUGCAGGUCCGUGCCGAGCCGUGCUGGUCCGUGCCGAGCCGGUCCAAGCGGUCCAAUCAGCACCGAACGGCAGAGUUCUGCGCUGUGCCGCUCCGGGCUGAGCGGAGCCGUUCCGUUCCGGGCUGCUCCGUGCCGGGCCGUAUUACGCCCAGCGCAGCCCCGGCCGUGCCGUGCGGUACCGGGCCGGACCGGAGCGUACCGUCCCGCACCGGGCCGUACCCUCCGGGCGUGGGGAGGAGCGGAGCGGUCCCGCCCGUGUCCCGGAGCAGCGCUGCCCGCCGCGCCCCACCGCGCUCCGUUCCUGUUUUUCCCGUCACGGUUUGUUCUGAAUUAUGCAAAGGGGGAAAUUCCCCCCUGGCGGAUUUGCACAAUGGGGCGGGGGGGGCCCCGCCGCCGCCGCCGCCGCCGCCGCCGCUCAUUCCUUCCCCCCCCCACCCCGUAUUCCCGGGGCAGCCCCCGCCGCCGUGCAGGGACCGGACCCCCCCCCUCCCCCCAACCCUUCCUCUCCCCCCGGUUCCAUCCCCGGGAACCGAAGCGCGGCACCGGGCGGGGGUUCCCGGUGGGGCGGCGGGGGGGGUCCCCGCCGCUCGUCCCGCGCUGUAUAUAGCUUAACCCCGGAGCCCCCCCCCUCCCUUCCCCGAGCAGCCCCCCCCCGGCGAGCCCCCCUCGCCCCUGCACUCCCGGCUGCUUUCUCUCGUUGCACUAUUCCGGGUGAGCCCCCCCGGGACCCCCCCCACCCCCUUCGGGGUGGCCGGGUUCCCCCCCUCCCCCCACACCCCCCGCCUGCCCUUUGCACAUGGCCCCAGGGCGCACACCCGGGGGGGGGAGAGGGGGGGGGGGGGAAGGGGAAGGGGGGGACGACCGGCACUAUUUGCCUACAAGCAGAGUUUAUCUAUAUUUAAAACAAAACAAAAAAGAUGAUGUAAUAUAUACCCACCCCCCCCCUCCCUACCCCAGGACCCCCUCCC